UGCCCACCUCACAUCAUUUAUCUGGAGGCAGGACGACUGUUCACAAUGUUAAUAACAUCAGUCCUCUAAAGUGCAAAAAAAUUAUUUAGUGUACGACGAUGUUCAGCAUUUCCAUGCUAAAAUAUUAGUAAACAAAAGCUUUUUAUGUUUAUAAAUUUCCACGCAAAACAUGAGUUUGGACAGAAAUCAGUUCCAUUAUUAAGAGACGGUACAGGAGAGAUAUUUCACAAGUGUUUUCAAGUACACAAAUUAAAACAGAAGAGUGAACACUUCUGAACAAAUUACGUCGACCACAGCACUGAAAGGGUUCAGUAAGGAAGUCGAUUAUUUUCCUUUUCCUACGAACAUUACCAAAAUAAGUUUACAUUAAAAAGGUCAUAUGUGCAAGAAUUUAUAAAGACGGUCUCAAGAAAAUAAGACUUAAUUAAGUGGACUAGUUAGUUUGUUACCAUGGAGACAGUUAGUAAGGAAACAAUAGAUCAAGUCCGUGCGAAAACUGGAUUAGAUGAGAAGACGAUACGAAGAGCAGUGGAUGCAAUAAAAGAUUGGUUGCUGCAACAGCCCCAUUUGCCGCAUCAAUAUGAUGAGGGACAAUUGGAGCGAUUAUUCUUACGGUGUAAGAAGAGCGUUGAGCGAGCCAAGAAUGUCCUAGAUAUGUAUUAUACACUCAGGACGGCAUUGCCCGAGAUAUUUAGCAACAGGGACCCAGCACAGGAGUGGUUUAAAAAAAUCACAAGUGUCAGGAUCUUCUUGCCAUUGCCUCAACUGACUGAAGAAUUUGAGCGCGUCACAAUAUCUGCUAUAACUGACCGAGAUCCCGACAAAUAUUCGGUCUACGACGCGGUCAAACUCUUGUUCAUGACCCUCGACGUAAGGAUGAGGGAAGACUAUUACACGUCCGACGUUAUCAUCAUGGAUGUGAACAAUUUCACAAUUGCCCACGCCGUAAAGUACACCAUUCCGAUAUGGAAGAAGAUCGAAGUGUGCGGACUUAGAGGAUUUAAUUCACGACUCAAAGCGAUUCAUGUGAUAAAUGCGGGCACAUACUUGGAUACAACAAUCAACAUGGUGAAGUCAUUACUAAAACCAAAAAUAGCAGCUAGGAUUUACGCACACAGGAAAGGUUCGGAAUCGCUAAAACAACAUGUGCCCCUGAAAAUUCUACCCUUAGAAUAUGGAGGCGAGGCAGGACGAAUGUCUGAUCUAUGGGCGACUUGGGUGAAGAAGUUGGAAUCCAAUCGGGAGUGGUUCUUAGAGCAAGAAAAUCUCAAGUCUGAUGAAUCGAAACGUCCGGGGGAAAACAUUGACACUGGAGAGUUGUUCGGUUUCCAGGGAUCCUUCAGGAGACUGUCCCUAGACUAACAGAAAACAAUUUAGUGAAGCUAGCCUGAGCUGGAGUUUCAAUUCAAUUCAAUUCAAUUGAAACAGUUUAACUAUAGUGAUCUCGAUAUUCAGUCACCAUCUCGCAAUACCAAAUAUCUUACAUCCAAAUGACUGACCAACAAAUAAGAACAUUUACAGAACUGUAAAGUGGUGUAACUGGAAGAACAGUAUUCGGAAAUCUUUGUGCAAAAGCAUCAAAAUAAAAUGGUCACCUGAGAGACCUAAGAGUAGAAGAGAUGACAAUGUUAGUAUGGCUGCUACCCACGAAGCAGCAAUGAAUUAAUUUGCACGGCAGACGUUCGUAUCCUGAAAAUGAGAUGGUCACGUGUCGCAGAUUCAAAACCACUAGGCGAUAAAAACCAACAACUUCAGACCACGCAGAUUUCUAUUAAAAUUACAAUUAAAGUACCGAAUGGGAGAGAGUAAACUUAACGUAUUUUACUAAACUGUAAUUACCUACUUUUAUUACUACUUUAAUAGAAACGUAAUUAUUAAUAUUUGCAAUAAUUAAAAUUAUGUUUUAAUCGUUCAUAUUUAUAAAUACAAACACGUUAUUUUGUAACAGCAAUGAUACGUUUUUUUGGAAGGAAAAACAGGAUAUGAACAGAACGCUGGGAAAUAACACUUUUUAAAUUUAACUAAAUUCCAUUAAUUUGAAAAUCUCUUUUGAUUCCUCAAAUAAUAUCAUUUCCAUUUGCUCAGUCUUGUCAGGAAACAAUUCGCCGCACGAACAAUGUUUUAGACAAAAAUACAAAUAAAUCAAUGCAUUCAUUUAAAUUCGUUAAAAUAUUGUCGAUCCUUUAGUGCGACAGGAGGGUGGGAAAUUUGUGUAAUUACGGGCUGCAUGCUGUAUGUUUAGUACAUAAUCAGAAGUACCAGAUGAAGGAUCGUGGCUUUAGCAAGGCACACGGCAAACACGAGACGAGAAAUGCAUACAAAUUUUAGCCAGAUAACCUGAAGGGAAGAGACAACUUGGAGAACUACUUUGCGCUUCUCAUCCCCUAGAUAAUUCCAGGGUAGUAAUCAAGAAAACUGGUCUCCAAUGGGUGUUCUAUCUCAGUCCUACUGAUCUACAAACAUAUAAUUAACCGAGGCAUUAGUUUCAAACAAUACCAUUUACCCUUUCAAUUAUAUUAGCAUACGAAAUCAUCAAGAUCUUGUUCCGUAGUUAAUUACUUAGCAGAAAUAUCACACACAAAUGGUCUUGUAUGUUGCGUUCUGCAUGCAUUUUCAUGCUUCGUAACAUUAUACUCACAACUCUGUUCAUCCACCGAAGAUAUCUUCAGUUCUAUUGGAAUUCAAUCUAAAUGUAUAAGCCCUACAGAACAUGGAGAUACACAGCAUUUCCAAUGCAUGCAGCUCUGAUAGGGACAUUGUUAUGUAACUGUGCUGAAUGUAUUAUACCGUUGCUAUAAUGGUAUUGGGACGUAGAGUCUUGUAAGCACAUUUUAUUCAUAUGAAUACAAUUGUCCAGCGCAUUCAUAUGCUUAUGACUUGGCGAGGGUGUCUGAUUUAACGGUUACAAUACACAGAACCUGACGUAUUCACUGUGCACGGAGUAUAUUCGAUUCAAUCUCAUCAACAGUUAGAGGAUUGUUUCCAUGAACACGAUACAUCACACAGUUUCAGUAAUUUAUGUAUCACGUACGGCCAUCAGCUGUUUGUUUGAUUGAUUGUGUAAUUGUGAAUUGUAGCCUUUUACUUUAAACAAGAACACACAUGACAAGUUCUUGAUGAUGAUCUUGAAAAUAUUUAGGCUACAACAGGACAAUUCUGGGUGCAACCCAACAAAAAAUUUCGUGACCUCUGCAAAUCACCUAGUACUGUUAUAAUAGUAGUGACAUGUAGAUGACUACGGUGCACAUGUAUGGCGGAAACAAGGAAUGCGUACUGAAUUCUUAUUUAAAAAUCUCUUGAAAAGCGGCAACUUAGAAUCGCCAUGAAGAUGAGAGAGUGAAAGAACCUUGGCACGCAAGAUGACGAAAUGUGAAUAAAAGUGACUUAUGUGCUGCUAGCGUGAACUCGGCACUGAACCUUCGGUAGGAACUUCUUGACUAGCUUAACGACUGUCAGAUUGUCAAGAACUACUGAGCGCCAUUGAUAUAGUAAUGUUAUGACGAUUUUUUUUAAAACAGACGCGUUUUGAAGCGGUAAAGAAACUUCCUGAGAAGAAGAAAUUCGAGUUUUGAACUUACGAACCGAGGAGAGUCACAUCCUCAGGUGCUGAUACCAGAUAAUCAAACGUGCAAGGCAAGGAGAUCUACAGCGUCCAGGCGUUUAGUUUCCAGAGAAGUUCCAUGGACCGUGUUCUACAGAAUCCCACCCAGUCCAGACCAAUAAGUUAUAUACUUCCCACAAGCAUGAGACAAAUGGGCGGACUGCCCACGAGACGCCGCGGGGAUGAAGAAGAAAAUCACGACGGAAAAUAGAAAGAAUCCCUCUCCCCCCUCCCCAAUCUCCAUCCAUUUUUCUGCUAUGCUUGCAAACUGUAAAGCCUGUAUACCGUACACACAGCAAAACUACUUGCAUCAAGAGCAGUAGCAGUGGAAUUAUGUACCCUUCUUCUGAUAUUCCGGCUAUAUAUUUACUUCACUUGUGUCCGUACUAAAUGAUAUUUUGUCUUAUAGGAAAUAUAUUUAAGUCUUCUGUA